GGUUUGUAACCUUCUACUUUUCCUUCUUAUCUUUUCGUCAAAUACGUAUCAGCGAUUGAACUUCCUUUUCCGGAUUUGAGUUAGCCCCCAGCCGAAGCUAUCGUAUAGCGAAGGGGAAAUCAACAAAUAUCUCAUCAUGGGGUUCGUUAAAGUUGUGAAGAAUAAGGCAUACUUCAAGAGGUUUCAAGUCAAAUUCCGCAGGAGGAGAGAGGGAAAAACUGACUACUAUGCCAGAAAGCGACUUGUUAUUCAAGAAAAGAACAAGUACAACACCCCAAAGUACAGAUUGAUCGUCCGUUUCACUAACAAGGACGUCAUCUGUCAGAUAGCGUAUGCCAGAAUUGAGGGAGACGUGAUCAUUUGCGCUGCAUACUCUCACGAGCUCCCCCGAUAUGGCAUCAAGGUCGGGCUAACCAACUACGCCGCUGCUUACUGCACUGGAUUGCUGAUUGCUAGACGAUUACUGAAGAAGUUGAAGCUGGACACGAUCUACCCGGGCCAGAAGGAGGUAAACGGGGAUGAGUUCUAUGUGGAGGACGUGGAUGGAGAGCACGGGGCCUUCCGCUGCUACCUUGACGUGGGUCUCAUAAGAACCACCACAGGGGCUCGUGUGUUCGGAGCUCUGAAGGGCUGCGCUGACGGUGGCAUCGACAUCCCACACAGCACAAAGCGUUUCCCAGGUUAUGAUGCGGAGAGCAAGGAGUUCAAGGCAGAGACGCACCGCAACCACAUCUUUGGGAAGCAUGUGGCCGAGUACAUGAGAAAACUACAAGACGAGGACGAGGAUCUGUACAAGAAACAGUUCUCUCAGUUCAUCAAGAAUGGCAUCACAGCAGACAACCUGGAGCAGAUGUACAAGAAAGGUCACGAUGCCAUCCGGGCUGACCCUGAGGCGAAGACAAAGCCUGCCAGAGAGGUCACCAAGGUCAAGAGAUGGAACCGCUCCAAGCUGUCCAAGGCCCAGAGAGACGACAGUGUGCGACAGAAGAAGGAGGCAUUUAUGAAGAAGUUGAAGUCCGCCGCCGACGACGAAUAGAUCGCCGCCGGGCUCCCGACCUUGUUACUUGUCACACUUGUAACACAUUAAAGAGAAAAACUUUGA